AGUGUCCAUUGGAUGUCGCUGUUUCUCCGCUUCACACUGAACUCUUUCAAUCACUUCCUGUGCUGCACAUUCCCAUAACAACAACUCCAGCAGCAAUGAAACUUGUGGACUUUCACUUCUCCAGCUCACGGAGACACUUUAGCGGCACAGAAAUCCACACAAACCAGUGAUUUAUCACGGAGAGAGGCUAAUGUCACCGCUGCUGCUUACAAACUUACAAACACUGGACUUUUAUUGUAAGUUCUGCUUUUGAGGCUAGCCGUCAUGCUAGUUAGCCUUCGACUGACAACAGGAUGAACUCAAAUUACACCUUAAAUUAGCUAGCUUUUAUUUAAGGCAGGUAAAUAAGAGUCUCCAAGCUUCAGUUUGGCGAUGUGGAGGUCACAUACUUGUGAAUGACCGCGUUUAAUAGCUUUGUAUGUGUGUAAUAUUGAUAGUUUAUUAUUAGCUCGCGCUAACUCCAGUAGUAACAGUUGUUUGGACAUGGUUUUUGGGGAUAUUUGUGAUGAAGGGAGUCUGGCCGGGUGUUUACGAGUGAUUUGAGGAACUCUUUGUUCACGGGAGGAAGAUGAGGAAGAGGAAGAUGAUGGCGAUGAAGAUCAGCUAAACAGGGAACUGCUGAUUAUAAGGACACACAAUCAGGACAAAAAUGCCCAGGAGAAAACAGUCCAAUCCUCAGCCUGUCAAGUUGGGAGCUGAAGAUGGAGUGGCUGCUGGUAAUAAGGAAAGCCUGGUGCUGGAGAGCGACUUCCUCCUCGGACAGGAACUGGGCUUUGGAGAAAAUGACUACAGAAUUGUUGGCUUUGAAAGGGAUUCGGACUCUGUGGCGGCUGAUAUGGGCAUGCCGGUGUACGGUUUCAGUGAUGAAGACUGCUCCAGCUACAACCGUCUCGGUAUCGAGAGUGACUUCGAGGACCCUCGAGACACCGAGAGCGAGCGUGAAGAAAUGGCUCCCGAAGCUGCGUUUGCACCAUAUCUGUCCUGCAGACAGUGCGGCCAGCUGCUGGGUGACCCUUUGAGUGGCCUCUACUGCCUUCAAUGUGGAGAAACUGACCGGCAGGACCGAUCCCUGGAACCCACUCAUCCAGCAGACAACACACUAGAAAACCUAAACCACAGCAGAUCUGAUGGAAACACGUCUAAAACGUUCUCCUGCAAGCUGUGCAGUUUCAGCUCGCGCUACUCCAAUCACUUGAAGCGGCACAUGAAGACACACAACGGUGAGAAACCGUACCAGUGUCCGCACUGUGUGUACGCGUCGGCGCAGCUGGUGAAUCUGCAGAGGCACGUGCGCACACACACCGGAGAGAAACCGUACAAAUGCCAGUUCUGCACUUUCGCAUGCAAUUCUCUGGGAAACCUGAAGAGGCACCAGCGCAUGCACACGCAGGAGAAAGAGCUCAGCUGCGCACACUGCGACUUCAGAGCCAGCAACAGCCACUCUCUAAAGAAACACACCAAGAGCCAUAAGGAGGACAAAACUACUGCCUUAACGGAAGAAUCUGUGGUGUCGGACCUCACUCUGCACAUCAGCAGCGACCCAGACUUCCUCCAAAACUACGAUCAUCAUCAUAAUCAUCAUCUUCCUUCCCAUCUUCCUCCUCCAGCCCUGCUGCACAACGAGGGUUUGUCUGGAGAGUCUGACCCUCUGCCUGAGCUGCUGUUCCCCUUCAGCUGCCGCGUGUGUGGAGCCGUGCUGGACGACGAGGAGGCCACGGCGCCGCAGAUCUGCAGCAAAUGCACACUAGACAUGCUCUCCAAAAGCUCCCCGGACAAAGACGAUAAGCUGUUUCCCUGCACAUCAUGUCCGUUCGUCACGCAGUAUCCCAACCACCUCGCUCGCCACAUGAAGACGCACAGCGGAGAAAAGCCCUACAAGUGUCCGCAGUGCAGCUAUGCGUCCGCGCACUUCGACAACCUUAAACGGCACCACCGCGUGCACACCGGCGAAAAGCCUUACAAGUGCCGUGUGUGCGAUUACGCCUGCGGAAACCUGGCCAAUCUGAAGCGGCACGAGCGCAUCCAUUCGGGCUCCAAGCCGUUCCAGUGCAGCGUGUGCAGUUACAGCUGCAACCAGAGCAUGAACCUGAAGCGACACAUGCUGCGGCACACCGGAGAAAAACCCUUUAAAUGCCAGCACUGCGGGUACACCACCGGCCACUGGGACAACUACAAACGACACCAGAAGAAACACGGACACGCCGGCGGCGAAGGCUGGAUUAAGAUGCAGCUGCCCGAGAAAGAGGACGAGGAGGAGGAGGAGGGAGAGAUGUAGGAGAGCUGAACGCAGAUUUUGCAUCGAUCGUGAGAUUUUCAUAUGCAUUGCAAUUCUUUAGUGAAUCCAUUUAGAGAAUAAUUUUUAGCAGCAGAUGGUGCUCUAGGCUAGUUUUGAACAUCAGAGGGCGCUUUAGGCUAGUUUUGAACAGUAGACGGCACUCUGGGCUAAUUUUGAAAUGCAGAGGGUGCUCUAGGCUAGUUUUAACCAGCAGAGGGCGCUCUAGGCUAGAUUUGAACAACAGAGGGCACCCUAGGUUAGUUUUGAAUAACAGACGGCGCUGUAGGCUAGUUUUGAACAGCAGAUGGUGCUCUAGGAUAGUUUUAACAGAUGACUGUUCUAGACUAGUGUUUAACAGCAGAUGGCCCUCUAGGCUAGUUUUUAACA